AUUUGCGCGCGGGUAGGCGAUCUUUGCUCUGGUCUGUAGAUGAUAGUGUGAAGUCGAAGCAAUAGGUUCUGUUCGUUUUUAUUUAUAUAAGGACUUGUGCUUCGUCAUUUGAAAAGUAUAGAUCGUCGAGGCUCGAAUGUGACGAUACCGUGCAUCAGUUUUUUUUGUUUGAUCAGUGGCAAAUAUGAUUGGAGGCGAAUGGACAGAUAAGAUGGCUACAAACGAUAAUCAAGAAACAUCCAACUGCUAUACAGCGCUGAAAACGAAUGAUACGUCAGUAGUUGAACACACACGACACAAGUUCAAUCAAAAUACAUUGUUUCAAAAUGGUUUUAUCAACGGUGAACAAUUGUGUAAUCGAAGUCAGGAGGAAAUCGCUAUACAAACCAGCAAUUCCCUGGACUUGUCAGGGUACACUUCUACAGUAAGUUACCGAUCAACACCAUCGCCGGAUUUCAUUCUGAGUUCAAGCCAAACAUCAUCGCCAUUGUUCGCGGGCUUUCGACAACUGGCACCAAUACCUCAAACCACAACAGUGUCGACGAACUACCUCCAACCAAACAUGGAUAUGACAAUGGCGAUGAACACCUAUGCUGAUCAUGACUACACACAAUCUUCCUCUCCGACCUCUGUUACAACUCUCAGUUGUAGGUCUACGUCGCCAUCUUUGGAGGCUGAGAGAGUUACUACUGCGGGUCGUGCACCAUCCGAUUCGGGAAAUUCUACAAUGCCAGACGAAAUUAACCCCUUAUGCAUGAAUGAUUGGUAUCGGGAUCUGCUGAAAACUGAAUUUUCAACUCGAUUGAAAGACGAAAUGAGUCUGAUUGUGCAACGAUCCUUCAUACGGAAAAAACAGUUUGUGGCAGUAAGAACGACUGAGUUGCCCAGUGAUCUAGAAUACAAUCCAAAUAAAUCACGCCUUAGAAAGACUUAUGAGAACCCCUCCGAAGCUGCCGACCGUGAGCGAAAUAAUCUGGCAUCAAGAAGGUCCCGUUUCAAGAAGAAAAUUUCCCAACAGCUCACCAAUAUAUACCUGGAAUUCGAUCGCAAUGAGAAUGCUCAACUGUAUGCUAUGCAGAAUUGGAUAGGUCGGAUCGUUUUCGAACUUGAAUCCAAGUGGUUGGACAAUGGUGCAACACCAGAGGAAUUGUACGAGCUUCGGCACCACUGUGGCUUUCCACAGAAUCAGCCGGAAAAUGGACAUGUUUCAGAACUUUUUUAACUGACGGAAUCUAGUAUUUUAUAUAUAGACGUAGUUUUAAAACCAGUGUAAUAUAUCCAAUUGUUUGUUUACGUUUUCAUGUACAAUGAACGCAUCUUAGUUUUUGUGUGCAAUAUAUCAUAUUUGAAUAUAUAU